GACCGACACAAUACAUCUCCGUUCCCGCCAGACCAGAUACUCUGUUGACAUUCAGCAGCGAAGAACAAAUACGAAGCCUAAACCCAACUUCCAGAUUUACUCACCACUGCCGAAAUGGAGCUGUUGCGAGAUUUCGCGACUUCCUCGUGCUUGUCGCAGGAGACUUACGGAACCAUGCAACAGUCGCAGUCCGACUUAACGAUUCCUCUUUCCACCUUGCAAGGAUUCAUCCAUUUACACACCGAGCAAACCUAUAUCCUCGGACGACGAGUGCUUCAUCUGCAAGGAAACAUUCACCACCAGUCUUCGCGAUGUGACUGCCUAUCAAACCAUACGUCUGGAGUCCUGCCAACACAUCUUUGGCCACGCUUGCUUCCUGAAGUGGAUCAAUCGGUCAUCAACGACAUCUCAAGCAUCAAACUGUCCUUGCGAUAUUGCACUACGCCGCUCCGACAAGCCCCCGAAUCGCCUCUACGCAAACGAUAUCGAGCCGUGGUCCUGUUCAUCUUUUCGGCCUACCCUCCCCUCAUUCUGGCCGAUGGUGCCGUUAAGUUGCUUCUCGGAUGCGGGCUACGUAUUCGUCCAGCAGAGUCCCGACUUCAGCGCGCCUAUCAGGUGUUGAUGGAAUUUCAGCUUUUGAGAUCUAUAGCUAUGUGUCACGGUUCAGGGUGCUCCUGCCUGUCGAACCUCACCUGCCAUGAGAGUGACUGCCACGUCACACUAGCGUUGUUUACAGCUACUCACCUAUAUGUACUGUCCGUAGCUUCACCCAAUACAACCUCAGUUCAAUCCGUCAAUUCUUCCCAUAUGCGCAUUGUCCACGCUUCCCGACACUAUGUAUAUGAUCACAAUUGUGGUGCUGUUGCAGGACGCAGUGUCUUAUCUCACACCAUAACUUAUGACUCACGUUUUCAAGGAUUCCAUCAUCGCAUUGAUUGGAGAAGGAAGUAGACUCGCCUUAGACUUGGCGAUCUGCCUAGAGACGUUGAAAGCCGGUCUUGA